CAUUCUGACAGCGUUGGGCCGAGCACCGGCGUGUGUCGCCGCCCCACGCCCGGCUACCGCAUGCAGCAGCCACACCGCAGGUCGCCGCUCACGGCAACUACGCGCACACACGCAGCAGCCACCGUCGCCCCGCGAGCUUUGCCUGGCCGCGCACUGCCGCAACCACACGUGAGCUUUUCUGACACCCACCGCCCACGGUCGACCUGCGAACCACACACGCACCGUCGCGAAGUGUUGAUUGAUCCCCUCCAUGGCCUCGUGCUCGCCGUCACAGCCCGUCGCCCUGGGGACGGAGAGGGGCAAGAUCCGUGGAGCUGCGCAUGGGGUCAGCAUAUCGUCCUCCUGCUCCUCAAUUCUGGUCGGGUAUCGUUUGGUCCGUGCGGCAGAGAUGGUGCCCCAGGUUGAUGGAUUGGUGCAUUUGUUGUGCCUGACAGAGAAUUUCUAAUUUUGAUAAUUUGGCCGAUACAUUAUCUUCUCCUUUUGGAUGUUUGUGAAUUCCGACAUGUCCAAUGGGAAAACAAAUGCUCAGGUGGUGCGGCCUUAUAUUUCAAGAAAUAAAAUCUUAUGGUUACAUGCUAUCAGUUAAGGUGAAUCCGUGAAAGGCCGCUUGAAUUGUAUGCCUCGCUCAGCAGCAGCAUACUACUGCUCCUGCGCAUGCAGAUGGCGCAACAGCAGGCUGCGCGAGCACACACGCAGGCAGCAAGGUGCAUAGACAAGAGGGCGAAAACUUUGGCUGGAAUAGAUGCUUGGGUAUGUUCAUGGACUGGUCUCUGUUCGCGGAUGGAUGCCAAAGGUGGAGAUGCGCCGAGUGGGGCAGAAGGAGGGGAAAAAGGUGCAGGAGCACUGCAGCUACCUAUUCUCGCAGCAGGAGAUCGUGUCGCUGUACGAGCGCUUCUGCCAGCUCGACCGCAGCGCCAAGGGCUUCGUCUCCGAGGACGAGUUCCUCUCCAUCCCGGAGUUCUCCACCAACCCGCUCUCCAAGAGGUUGCUACGUAUGGUUGAUGGAUUGAACUUCAAGGAAUUUGUUUCUUUUCUCUCUACCUUCAGCGCAAGGGCCAGCCUUCAGCAAAAGAUUGAGUUGAUAUUUAAGGUGUAUGACAUUGAUGGCAAGGGGAAAGUAUCCUUCAAGGACCUGGUAGAGGUUUUACGGGACCUAACUGGCUCAUCCAUGUCAGAAAAGCAAAGAGAGCAAGUACUAACAAAGGUGUUGGAAGAAGCCGGGUACACACAGGAUUCCACGCUAGCAUUAGAAGAUUUCGUGACGAUCAUCGACCACCCCGGCCCGAAGAUGGAGGUGGAAGUGCCCAUCGACUAAGUGAACGGCGAAUGCAGAUUUCAGCUGAUGAGGGUGUCGUUUGAGAUUUACCCUUAGAAAACCUGCAGACGAUGCCAUGUG